GCCAUGGACUCGCAACCGAACGACAAGAUCAAGAAACGAGUAUAGAGAAACCGAGUGGCUUAUACAAUUUCGUCAGAAAUAUAUUAGUUGUUGGAUAUUGUGCAAUAAUUUGUACUUUUGCGUUACAUCCCCAAGGAGAAAUAUCCUUCUAUGGUUUUGGAAACUGGGAAAUAUCAAUCUCUUACAUUUUUAUAGCUGCCCUGUCUUCAUUUUUUAAUAUUAUUUUUACUACGGUUACCAUUUUUUCUCCACCUCCAUCUUUUUCGUGUGACGCCACUGCUAACAAUCCGAUUUAAGUUAAUUUUUAUCAGUAUAUUCAAAAUCAAUGAUCACGAUACCAACUGACGAUGAGUUAGACACACUUGUAUUAAAUCAUCUGGAAAAUUUGUCUACCAUUAUUGAUUUGAAUCACCAUUUAGAGGAUUCUUUAAGCGAAGGAAGACUUUUACUGGCUAAAACGCGACAUAAUCUCCGGGGAAACAGUUGUUCGAUCUCUUCAACCUCUUACAAUUUAAACGAAAUGUCUACUCGUGGUGCAUCUUUCCGUGCUGCAGUCAUUGAAGAGCCUAUCGAACCUACUUAUGAUAAGGAUUUUAAAACCACUCGUUUUCAGCUAAUUGACGAAUUGGCUAGCAGUAAGUCUGAUCUUAACCCUUCAACAGACCCAAUCCGAUGGUUUUCUGGAGUACUUGUUCCUUCUAGUUUACGUCAUGCACAAUCUUGUUUUCGACGUGCUGUGAAUUUAUCCUUGGAACUUGCCAGUCGACGUGCAAAACUAGAGGCGUCUUCUCAACAAAUAAAACAUUUAAUUAAACUACGCAUGAAAAGCGAAUCAGCAGUUAAAUGACUAUAUGGUGUUUGUCUUUGACUAUCUGUUUUUUGAGCUUUCUUCAAAUUAUUGUAACUGAUUUCAUACAUUUCACUGACUUCUUAUAUGAUGGAAUUUUUUUAUCUUCUAGUCUUUUCCGGCCUUUUGUUUUACUCAGAAAGAUUUUCGGGACACAUACUUCCAGGACUUUUGAUCCUUUUCAUAAUACAGCUUAUUUCGCUGUAGGAUUGGCAUAAGAUAUAUCGUUGGUGUUAGUAAACACUGUCUUUUCGAAAGUAUGGAAAAACCCGACAUAUAAAGAAAUGAUAAUGUACUGUAAUUUUCCAGUUUUAAUAAAUAUAGUUCAUUUUAUUUGUUAGAAA